GCCAUAGACAGUAAAAGAAAGCAUCUCGCUGGAGUCUUCGAGGUCCAUGUCCAUCAGACUGUGUAAAAUGUUUUCUCUCCAUGUCUUCCUCUGUCUUCUGUCCGUGUCGGUGCAUGUCGUGAGCGGCAUGUAUGAUCCAGACGAGGUGCUGGAUCUGCCGGGUAUGUCUUUUAAACCCAAUUACCGUCAGUGGUCAGGCUAUCUGAAGGCGAGUUCGGGCAAGUUUUUGCAUUAUUGGUUUGUGACGUCUCAGAGGGACCCGCUCAAGGACCCAGUCUUGCUGUGGCUGAAUGGAGGUCCGGGAUGCAGCUCUUUGGAUGGGUUUCUAUCAGAGAAUGGACCCUUUCAUGUCAAUGAUAAUGGAGCCACUCUUUACGAGAACGAAUUCAGCUGGAAUAAAAUCGCCAAUGUUCUGUAUCUUGAGUCUCCUGCUGGAGUGGGUUACUCCUACUCAGAUGACCAAAAAUAUCAAACCGAUGAUGAUGAGGUGGCGGAUAACAACUACCUGGCUUUGCAAAGCUUUUUUACCAAGUUCCCAAAUUUCACCCAGAAUGAGUUUUUCAUUUUUGGCGAGAGUUAUGGAGGCAUCUAUGCACCCACACUCAGUCUGAGAGUUGCCACUGGAGGCCAGCUUAAAGUGAACUUUAAGGGCUUUGCUGUUGGAAAUGGCAUUAGUAGUUUUGCACUAAAUGAUCAAUCACUAAUCUACUUUGGUAACUAUCACGGCCUGUUUGGAGAACAGUUGUGGAAGGAUCUGAAUGACAACUGCUGUCAAAAUGGAGUCUGUAACUUCUACAAUAAUUCUAAAGAGUCCUGCUCUGACAUGGUAUCGCAUGCAUUUAAUAUAGUCUAUAGCUCUGGGUUGAAUACAUAUGCGCUGUAUCUUGACUGUGCUGGUGGUGUCACAUCUCAGAGAGCCAUGAAGCACCUUUUUAUAAACUUCAGGAAACAUUGGGAAGCUAAUCAGUUAGUAGGAAAUACUCCAAAUGUUAAGGGAGUUCCUCCAUGCAUCAAUAGUACCGCUCAGAUAAACUGGCUUAACCGAGGAGAUGUGAGAAAGGCGCUGCACAUUCCUGAUGUCCUACCACCAUGGGACAUCUGCAGUGAUGUUGUGGGAAACCAGUAUCACACCAUUUACGAAACUGUGAAGGACGUCUAUGUGAAGCUGCUGACUUUGGGUCUGAGAGCUUUGGUCUAUAAUGGAGACACCGAUAUGGCUUGUAACUUCCUUGGAGACCAGUGGUUUGUCGAGCAGCUUGGACAGAAGGCAAGCACACAGUACCAGUCCUGGAUUUAUGAUAAUCAGAUUGCUGGAUUCUACCAGCAAUUUGGCAACAUCACUUUCCUCACAGUCAAGGGUGCAGGUCACAUGGUUCCUCAGUGGGCUCCUGGUCCAUCUCUACAAAUGCUACAGAGUUUCCUGUCUAAUAAGCCUUACUGAACUUCCUCCAGACCAUAUCCUGUCUUAAAGCACAAAAUCAGAUUUUCAGAAGUUGUCCUGGAUUGAUUUAAAGAAAGUGUGAUUUUUAUUCUGAACUUUUGAAAUUUGACAUGAAGAUGCAAGACAGUUUUCUCAGGGACUGCUGUGUGUAUUUGCAUAUGUUUGGGAAUUUAGUUAAGUGGUUUUUAUUUUGUUAUUUGUUUCAAUCUUUUUUUAUGCCUUUUUCCUUGAACACUGGGGGUGGUUCUCAUAGUGAUAUUUUUAAAAACAUGCACUUUUAAAAAUCACAUAAUCAAAGAUACACACUAGAGAUCUUCUUAAAACAGUAUUGAUGGAUAUUAUGUGGUUUUAAAAUGCUCAAAUUAUGUCUUUGCAUUAUUGGUUCGUUUUAUAAGAUUUCUGUUAAUUAAAUGAUUGCCAAGAGACUCUCUUUUGUAAGUUGUCAAAUAAAGUAUACUGAGA